AUGGCAGUUGCCAAGCCGCCAGGGUUCUACGGAUCUCAACGUGAGGGUAAGAUUCAUUCUCAGAUGGAAUUCUUAGGUGCAAGGGAUGUAACUAUAUUCUCAGCGCAGAGCACGUCACGGCAUGCAGGUACUGCAUGGGCAAGCCGGUCUCCAGUCUUCAAGAGACUCUUAGACGAAAGGCGUGAGGUAGACAAAGGGGUGCUCACAGUCCACGACAUGAAUCCAGACAUAUUUGCUCCGUUUUUGGACUUCCUCUAUACGGCUCAGGUUAGCAACAAAGUGCUGGAAAAGAAUGCGUCAGACUUGCUAGCUGCAGCUCAUAUGUACAGCAUUCCCUCGCUGAAGUCAAUAUGCGAAGGCUUCAUAUGCCAGCAGAUGAGUCGAGAUAACGCUGUUGCAAUGGUAGAGUUGGCCUGCAAGUAUGACGCGGUAAGCAUUCGAGAGGCAGCCUAUGAUGCGGUGACUAUGACUUACAGAGACAUUCUUGCCUGUCCAAAUUUCAAGAAACUUUUGGAAAGAGAACCCCGAAUUGCGGCCGAUAUGCUUAAGGAAAUACUUCUCCGGACAACAGCUUAA